CCGCUUUCUCAUCUCACCUGUUCAACACAGUCGCUCUAAUUUCCUUCUACACAGAGACGUCAAUUGCCUAGCUAUAUUCUACCCAUCUAUCCCCAGCCAUGACCUUUAAUGCUCCCUCUAAUCCCGUCCUCGUCGCACCCCGCCCCGUUCGCCUCGCCACCGUCUUCUCCAACACCUUUCCCCGCUCCCCGACACACAUCCGACUCGUCACUGCUCCCCCUCAGCAGACGGAAUCUACCACUCCCAAGGAGCGUGUGCUCUUUUCCGAUCUGAACGAGAAUGCCCAGGAGGAGAAGCCGGUAGAGCUGGUCGACAAGGAGAUCUCCUCGCCCUCGCCCAGGUCGACGCUCUCCUCCGAAGCCCUCGAAGAAUUCCUCUCCAUCCUACGCCCCGCCCUCCUCUCGCCGUGCGCCUCCCCCGUCUCCCGCACCCGCUCGCGCGCCGCCCGCCGCUCGGGCGGCCCUGCGUUCGCCAUCCCCGCGAGCUACCGCCCCCGCAUCCUGCUCUCGCGCGGCCCCGCCCCGGACGAAAACAGCGGCGACACGACGGCCGUGGCGCGCUCGCCGAACGGAAUGCAAGCUCCGCUGCCCGAGCUCGCCGGCGAGGACGAGGGCGACAUGUUUUUGUUGUCGAGGUGGCAGGUGUCCCAUGCGCUGUCUUCGCCCGUCUCGCGCAUGCACACGCGUAACCCGUUCCAGCGGUAUGCGACGUCCGAGGUGCCCGGUACGCCUACCCCGUGCUCCCCCGCGAGUGUGCCGCUGCCGGCGCCGACGCCUGGGGAGCUUCUUGAGGCGUACUAGAUCGCGCGGUUUCACCCUCCGAUUUACAGCGUUGACGACUCGAUGUCGCCGACCCACUUUAUCCUCUCCUCAAGUAACAAGCAACAUACAUCUGGCGAUAGCUCUCACGCGUUCGCCGUCCUGUCUUUACAGCGGUCUCUCCCCUCUCAUCUAUAGUCUCUGGUCUCGAGUCUGUCCGGAACCGCCUUCUUGUAUUUGUAGUAUCACCCACUCUUAACCACCCCGACCCUGGAUUAUCGCAUCUCCCCGCCUCUCUGUCUCUCUGUCCGUCUCUGUUUCCCCUUCCUAUCGUACUAUACGUCUCCCUAUACGCCCCCCAUCCUACUGGCCCGCCCUCGUCUUCGCCGCCGCCGCCGUUCAAACGUUUGCAACGCCGGACCUGCAAGAUAUGGCUCUCGAGUUCACGCUCUGAUUGAUUGAUUGGCUGAUUGGCUGAUUGAAUAUUGAUAUAUUGAAUACGAUUAAACACAUAACAUACGUACAUUCUAUAUGCAUAGAGCUCUCGAGGAUCGGUGCUCGGCUCUGAUAAUUUAUGACGCUUUACUACACUUUUUUUUUCUUCUGAGCUGGUGCUGGUGCUACUUGGCUUGGCUUUGGGUACUUGUACUUGUACGACCUUUUUCUUCUUCAAGUUCUCUCAUCCGUUUUGCUUCGUCCGUUUGUGGAUACAGUGUGCGCUAUCGCGAUUGAUUUUGUGUUUCCUUCUUUCAACGCGCAUGCAUGCAUGCUUUUUGACAUGUUUAAUUACGUAGAGGUGUCUGUGUUUUUUCUCUUUCUGAUUCUUGCACCAUGCUUAUGUAAAUUGAGCGCAAGGGACCGCGCAACCGGUCCCGCGAUGAAGGUGCUAUAUUGCGCCUUGGUUUAU